AGGCAAAGUCUUUAUAAGAGCUGAAUCAGCAGGUGAAUCCGCAGAUGCUGCCAAACUGUUUAAGAAGUUGUGUUUAGGACAUUUCUAAUCCAUCAUGCCAGAGAGAAAUCAAAGCUUUGUGACUGAAUUCAUACUUACUGGAUUCCCUGGACUUCAUCCAGAGUACCAAGACCUUGUCUCAGCAGUAUUGUUCUUAGUGUAUUUCUUAACUUUGACUGGCAAUGUUACAAUUCUGUUUUUAUUUGCAUGCGACCGCAGCCUUCAUAAGCCAAUGUAUCAUAUCAUUAUAAAUCUGUGUACAUGCGACAUUCUCUUUAGCACAACUACUUUACCUAAUAUCAUCAGUAAGUAUUGGUUUCAUUCAGGGACUAUUUCAUUCAAUGCUUGUUUUGUCCAAAUGUUCUUGGUUCACUAUCUUGGCACAGUGAAUUCCUACAUUCUCUUUCUGAUGGCUUUAGAUAGGUAUGUAGCGAUCUGCCAUCCUCUCAAAUAUCCCUUUGUUCUUAAAAACUCCACUAUCAUAAUUCUCAGUAUUAUUGCAUGGGUUAUUGCUCUGGCAGGAGCUUUAAUGUUAGUUAUUAGGGCAUACCCUCUUCCAUACUGUGCCUCAAAUAUAAUCAACCACUGCUUCUGUGAUCAUAUUGGUAUAACACUCCUAGCAUGUACUGACAGGGCCCCUUAUGGUUUUCCUGCUUUUGUGUUUGCAAUGGUUAUGUUACUGGGACCUCUGGCAUUCAUAAUAUUCUCAUAUUUCUGUAUAAUUAUAGCAGUACUUAAGAUUGCAGAUGUACAAGGUUGCAUAAAAUCUCUGUCCACUUGCAGUACUCAACUGAUUAUAAUCUCCCUCUAUUAUUUACCCAGAUGUUUUGUAUAUUUAGCCAGCAAUGUUGGCAUUACAUUUAAUGCUGAUGUGCGAAUAGUAAUUAUCAUGCUGUAUAGCCUUUCCCCCCCCAUGAUUAAUCCAUUUAUAUACUGCUUAAGAGCUAAGGACAUGAGAGUAAGCUUGUUGAAACAAAUCAAGAGAAGGGCCGUUUCAAAAAAAGCACAAGUUUCAGCUAUUUGUAACUGA